CGUGCAUGUGACUACAAACACUAGGGUAGCCUUGAUGACUGCGCAAGGAGUUCUCGUAGGUCAGAAUAAGGAGAGAGUGCGAGUGCUUUUUGACUCUGGAAGUCAGAAGUCUUUCGUCACCAACAGGACAAAACAAGAUGCGAAGCUUAAUGUAGCAAGGCGAAAAUGGUUAGAGGUCAACACUUUUGGUGGUGGAACAAAUGAAGGUGAUCCCACAGUUUUUGGCAACCUACCACCAAGUGAAGAAUGUGUUCGGGCGCUCUGUGACACAAUAAAGUCAGGAAAGGACAACUGCUACAAGCCAGCUCAUGGAUGGAAAGAGGCACGAAAUGCCGUUGCAAAAUACAGUUCAACACCUGAAUACAUCGUGGAUGCUGAGGAUGUUGUGUUGGCCAGCGGUUGCUCUGGAGCAAUCGAGAUAGCAUUGAACGCCCUAGUUGAUCGUGGUGAUAACAUCCUAAUUCCAAGACCUGGUUUCUCUCUUUACAAAUGCAUCUGUGGAUCGAGGGGGAUUGAAGCACGAUCUUAUAAGCUCUUUCCUGAAAAUGGUUGGGAAGCCGACUUGGACGAUAUGGCUUCACUUAUUGACGAGAGAACAAAGCUUAUUGUCGUUGUCAACCCAUCAAAUCCCUGUGGUUCUGUGUACAAAAGAGAACAUUUGGAAGAAAUUUUAAACAUUGUUGAAAAAUACCGCGUCCCAGUUCUCUGUGAUGAAGUUUACGCGCAUGUCACAUUCGGCAAAGAGCCUUUCCAUAGCAUGGGAAGUUUAACAAAAAAUGUUCCUGUUCUAGUUAUAAGACAAGCCUUACGACGUCUCUUUCAGGUUAUUGUUGGUCCUUGUUCGGUGAUACAGGCUGCACUACCGACGAUUCUUUUUGAUUGUCCGACUCAGUUCUUUGAAAAAACACUCAAUUUUAUGAAUGUAAAGUACUUACUUUUCAAGAACAAUGGCGGACUUCUUGGGAAAACAUCAAAUAUAUUCUACGAAAGUCUUUCAUUGCUGCCAGAACUUUAUCCAGUUCGCUCACAAGGUGCUAUGUAUAUGUUGAUCGGUAUCAAAGUUGAUAGGUUACACAACGUGAAAGAUGAUGUUGAUUUUACACAGAAAUUGAUGGCCGAACAAUCAGUUUUUGUUUUGCCAGCAACGUGUUUUCAAUGCCCCAACUCUUUUCGCGUUGUCCUCACAUGUCCCGUGGAAGUCGCGCGAGUCGCUUGCGAGAGGAUCGCGCAGUUUUGUCGUGAUCAUCGAAAGAACGCUUUGACCAAUGGACACAUAGAUCAUGGGAAUGGGAUUUAUCACGUCAACGGUUAUUGAUAUUUCAAAAAUAAUAUCAUAGAACUUCUAAAAACUCAAAAAAAUAUGGCGAUUGCGGCUUCUGUAUGUUCUUAGUCUGUGUCAAAUCAAAAAUUGCUGAAAGAUUAGCGUUCCAGUUUGUGUCACAACCAUUGAACUAUAAUACAUGGAACGCUACCUG